AUGGGUUGCGCUUGCUGCAAGCACAAGAAGUCGGCAAAACUGGAAGCGGCCGCCUUGACGGGCGCCGCUGACGCUUCCGUGCCGUCACCCGUCGAAAGCGACGGCGCCUUAUCCUCGGGGGUGCCGCCAGUGGGACGAUACUGCCCGGACCCCACCCAGGCCAUACCGGACUUCAAUAAGGGAUUCUCAACCGCUGCCAUCUUCCCAAACUCCAACACGCAACAUUGGGCCACUGGAGUCACAAGCGGUGGCGUCACGCUUUUCAUCGCGCUUUACGACUAUGACGCUCGCACUGAGGAUGACCUCACCUUCCAGAAAGGAGAAAAGUUUCAAAUCAUCAACAACACCGAGGGCGACUGGUGGGAGGCUCGUUCUUUGGACACGGGCAACGCCGGCUACAUCCCGUCCAACUAUGUCGCUCCGGUCGACUCCAUACAGGCCGAGGAGUGGUAUUUCGGAAAGAUGGGGAGGAAGGAUGCGGAGAGACAGCUGCUGGGCCACGGCAACCAGAGGGGGACUUUCCUCAUUCGCGAGAGCGAGACUACCAAAGGCGCUUACUCGCUUUCCAUCCGUGACUGGGACGAGAACAAGGGAGAGCACGUCAAGCACUAUAAGAUCCGUAAACUGGACAACGGCGGCUACUACAUCACCACCAGGUCUCAGUUUGACACCGUGCAGCAGCUGGUUGCGCACUACACAGACACUAAUGACGGGCUGUGCUACUACCUGACCAAGGUGUGUCCUAACAGCACGCCGCUCACCUUGGGCCUGGGCCGGGACGCCUGGGAGGUGCCCCGGUCCAUGCUGUCCCUGCAGAGGAAGCUGGGACACGGCUGCUUUGGGGACGUGUGGAUGGGCAUGUGGAACGGGACCACCAAGGUGGCGGUGAAGACCCUGAAGCCCGGCACCAUGUCCCCCGAGGCCUUCCUGGAGGAGGCUCAGAUCAUGAAAAGGCUGCGCCAUGACAAGUUGGUGCAGCUGUACGCCGUGGUGUCGGAGGAGCCCAUCUACAUAAUCACCGAGUUCAUGAGUCAAGGAAGUUUACUGGAUUUCUUAAAAGAUGGCGAGGGGCAAAACCUUAAGCUACCCCAGCUUGUCGACAUGGCGGCGCAGAUCGCGGCCGGUAUGGCUUACAUCGAGAGGAUGAACUACAUCCACAGGGACCUGCGUGCUGCCAACAUCCUCGUCGGAGACAACCUGGUGUGCAAGAUUGCAGACUUUGGUCUGGCCAGGCUCAUCGAGGAUAACGAGUACACUGCUAGACAAGGAGCCAAGUUCCCCAUCAAAUGGACGGCUCCGGAAGCGGCGCUGUACGGACGCUUCACCAUCAAAUCAGACGUGUGGAGCUUCGGCAUUCUUCUCACUGAGCUUAUCACCAAGGGACGCGUGCCCUACCCAGGCAUGAACAACCGCGAGGUGCUGGAGCAGGUAGAACGAGGCUAUCGGAUGGCCUGUGCCCCGGGCUGCCCCGCCUCGCUCCACGAGCUCAUGCUGCAGUGCUGGCGGCGCGAGGCCGACGAGCGGCACACCUUCGAGUACCUGCAGUCCUUCCUGGAGGAUUAUUUCACCGCCACCGAGCCGCAGUACCAGCCCGGCGAGAACCUGUGA